CCCUCAGCAGCCCGGCGGCGCGGUGUCUGGGCCGCCCCCGGCCGGCCACCAAAUCGUCCAUGUCCGGGGCGACUCCGAGACCGACUUGGAGGCCCUCUUCAACGCCGUCAUGAACCCCAAGGGCGCCAACGUGCCCCACACACUCCCCAUGAGGCUCCGCAAGCUGCCCGACUCUUUCUUCAAGCCGCCGGAGCCCAAGGCCCACUCCCGCCAGGCCAGCACAGACGCAGGGACGGCAGGAGCCCUGACUCCUCAGCAUGUCCGUGCUCACUCCUCUCCAGCCUCGCUGCAGUUGGGAACGGUUUCUCCAGGAGCACUUACCCCUUCCGGUGUAGUUCCUGGAGCUGCACCUUCUUCUCAACAUCUCCGUCAGUCAUCUUUUGAAAUCCCUGAUGAUGUGCCCCUGCCACCAGGUUGGGAGAUGGCAAAGACACCAUCUGGCCAGAGAUAUUUUCUGAACCACAUUGAUCAGACAACCACAUGGCAGGAUCCGAGGAAGGCCCUCCUUUCCCAGAUGAAUGUUACAGCUCCCACAAGUCCUCCAGUGCAACAGAAUAUCAUGAAUUCAGCAACUGGCCCGCUCCCUGAUGGAUGGGAACAAGCCAUGACCCAGGAUGGAGAAAUUUACUACAUAAACCAUAAGAACAAGACCACAUCUUGGCUAGAUCCAAGGCUUGACCCACGCUUUGCUAUGAGCCAGAGAAUUAGCCAAAGUGCUCCAGUGAAGCCUCCUCCACUAGCUCCCCAAAGUCCACCUGGUGGAGUUCUGGGAGGCGGCAACUCCAGCCAACAGCAGCAGAUGAGGCUGCAGCAGCUGCAGAUGGAAAAAGAGAGGUUGCGACUGAAACACCAAGAACUGCUUCGGCAGGUGAGGCCACAGGCAUUGCGGAAUAUCAAUCCCAGCACAGCAAAUUCACCAAAACGUCAGGAAUUGGCUCUUCGUAGUCAGCUUCCCAGUAUGGAACAAGAUGGCUCUCAGAAUCCAGUAUCGUCUCCUGGGAUGUCUCAAGAACUCAGAACAAUGACCACAAAUAGUUCAGAUCCUUUUCUUAACAGUGGAACUUAUCAUUCAAGAGAUGAGAGCACAGACAGUGGCCUCAGCAUGAGCAGUUACAGUGUCCCCAGAACUCCAGACGAUUUCCUCAACAGUGUUGAUGAAAUGGAUACAGGUGACAGUAUCAACCAAAGCAAUAUCCCCUCCCAUCAGAACCGUUUUCCAGACUACCUUGAAGCCAUUCCAGGGACUAACGUGGACCUUGGAACGCUGGAAGGAGAUGCCAUGAAUAUAGAAGGAGAGGAACUGAUGCCAAGCCUACAAGAAGCUUUGAGUUCCGAUAUCCUUAAUGACAUGGAGUCCGUAUUGGCAGCCACCAAGCUAGAUAAAGAAAGCUUUCUUACCUGGUUAUAGGGGCCUCAGGGAGAUGGAGUUUGAAAUCUUUGAAGGAUCUAAGGAGAUAAGACACGUUCCUGAUGUUGAGAACACGCCUGUAUGGCAAAACCUUCUUGGCUUAUGAUCAGAGAGGAAAACAAGCAAAUGAACAAAAUACUCCAGAUUCUUUUCAUCCAUAUUUUGUUCUUCCUUGUCCAAUCGCUGCUGUUAUACUGCUGACCUCUUUCACAGUUGACUCUGAAGAAUUAGAUGAUUUGUUUUAUCUUUUUUUACCUUUUUUUUUUUGCUGUUGCAACUACUGUUCAACAUGGUGGUAAUGGAGAGGGAGGUUGGGGAAAUGGCAAGAGAGAGAGCCCAGUCCGGUUUUUGGGUUAUGACUGCCAUUCCUUUUUGUGCUGUUACCUGUUUGCAUAUCUAAUAAUAUGGAUUUUGAUGAGUUUAACUCUGCACGACCCCUCUUGUUGCUGACUCUGCUUGUUGUUUGCUCUGUUGUCCGUGGCAAGUGGCAAAAAAAAAAGACUUACUGGUCCAGCAAGCCAAAAAUGAUGUAUUUGAUGCAAAAGAAUUCAGUACUGGUUUGGAGAUAAGGAUAAGAAGGAGGCUGGAAGCCUUUUAUUGUUGGACUCAAUCCAUCAGACACUACGGCUGCUUGAUCAACAUUGAAAUGAAUAAAAAACCCUUGGCAGUGAUGUCUGUAGGAUUAUGCCCAUUGUUAGCUACUGGCUAAUUCUUUCAAUUAUCUUGUUCACACUUUAUGGCACCAUAAACUACACAUUCUACAUAAAACACAUUAUGAAUCUUGAUAAUUGCCUCUUAUUCUAACUCACUUUUUUUUUCCUUUUCAAAUUCUAGAUUUUUUUUAGCUAUAGCAGUAGGUUAAGAAGUUAACUGUUUUUGGUUUUGUGGUUUUUUUCUUUUCUUUAUAUUUUUAAAUUGUGAAAUCUAAAUUUCCUGACUUCACCUAGUCUUAUUUAAGUCUGAAAUGGUUGACUUUUUUUAUACCUAACUAGUGUAGCCAGUGAAUAGCUAUAGUUCUAUAUUUUGCUUGUAACUUUUUAAAAGAUAGCUUUGAAUGUAUUCAUUAGACUAAAGGACCGGUGGGUUAUCUUUCACAACUGUGCCAGAAUUUAAAGCAAAGAUUGUUUUAGGGCAAACUUUACAAUUUGUAACUCAUACUGAACACUAAUCCUGAAUACCCUUAUUUGAAAACUAGCUAUUUCAGAAAAACUGCAUCCAUCUAAAGUGUUUUUAGGAUUGCCGCUUAAAGGUGGCCAACCGUAUGGCUUUUAUGAUGAGUUUUAAACACAGCAAACAAUACACUGUGAGUCUUCACCAAGGGACAGCUCUUGUCAUUAUUGGGAGAGCUUUUUAAUUCUGAUGAAAUUAAUGGCUUGAGAUUCUGAAGUCCCUGAUGGAUGAAAAUGGAUGCUUUCCUAUAUUUAGUUUUGUGAUACUAUCUGCACUGUCAUCGGAGUUUACAAUACUAGCAACGCAAACACUAAACAUAAGAUACAUUAAAAACAUGCUGACGAAUAAGCCCAUGGUGCAUAUAGAAGACUGUAAAGAUAUGUGUUAGAUGGUGACACGAGCAAGUAGGUAGUAUAUUUUAGUGGUAGAGAUUAGCACUGCAGUCAAGGCGUGAGUACAUCUUGAUACCAUUACUUUUAACAGGAUUGUCCUUGAAGUUGUCUGUAGGAAUUACGUUGUUUUCCAAAGAGUAUUUUUAAGUGAACAAAAUGAGCAUGAAUCAAUGUUACAGUAUAAGCUAUGAAGUAUUUUUUUUAAUUAAACGCAUUGGCACCAGCAAGUACAUUAAGAGUCUGUCAACACUCCCAUUAAUUUGUUGUUCUUAUUUUCAAGGGUUUGUAAUGUGGCCAUCAAACAACUUCUCAGGCUGAAAUGUGUGCUCACUUUCAGCUUAGGAAAUAUUAAAACAUGGCUGAAGUUAUUUGGCCAUUUCUAGUUGAUGUGUGUGUUGGGGGGGGGGGAUGAAAUUAACAGAUGAGACCAAGAGGUUUGCCUAUUCCAAUAAUCCACAGCUUAAUGCAGGGAUGGUUGCGGGCUCUCCCACACUAGAGGCAUUGAAGAGGUAGCUGGACAACCAUCUGUCAGGGAUGCUUUAGGGUGGAUUCCUGCAUUGAACAGGGGGUUGGACUCGAUGACCUUGUAGGCCCCUUCCAACUCUGCUAUUCUAUGAUUCUAUGAUGGGCAACUUGUGGCCAACCAAACGUUUUGGGCCCCAACUCUUAUCGGAUCACAGUCCCAUUAAGGAAAUCCGAUAUUCCUUGUCUCCCCACACUUUUCCAAAAAUACUUUAAAAAGCAAACUGACACCAAGUAUGAGUUGACAUGAUUUAGUCAAAUAAAUCACCCCAGUGUCAUCUGCCAGUAUAUACACUUACGAAAUAAUUAACUAUAAAUGAAGUAAAGUGAGAGGUUCAGAGUUCCUCCAUCUUGGUUUGCCCAUUUCUGUCUGAUACUGGAGGACCAUUUGAACCUAUUUGAACAUCAAGUAGGAACUACUGAAUUCUUACCCUGCAUAUUGCAUAGAGGUGCACAGAAAUAGUUUCUGUUUGCUUUUCCUGGUCUCAGCUUUAAAGUUGGAAACUU